AUGUGCUUCUUCCAUGUGAUGAAAAAGGAACUUGAACACCAGCGCCUGAAGUUGGUUCACUUCAUUCAAGUUCUUACCCGCAUACUGCAUGAAGAGUCUGAGCGUGACAGUCAAUUCUGGACGGAGCCACGCGUGACAAGACGGCUGUUGCAACACUACAACUUACAGAAGAAGAACGAGGCAUUUGAAGUGCAUCGAAACCCUCAAGAUGAUCCAGCAACUUGGACAGUACGCCAUCACAACGUGGAAGCUGACAUCGAAGGCAAUCCACAACUGCAAGAGCCUCCUCGCACCAAUCACUUGCUGUUGACAUACCUCAACCGCAACGUGCACCACUUGGAGCUGCUCGAUCAACCUGAUGGUGAGUAA